GGCACUCGCCUUGGCCGUAUAUGGGCCAGAAUUAUAUAUUAGAGUUCAGUGAUGCUGACUCAUGCCGACUUAUUUUUGGCGCAUUCAACUUAUCAAUACUGAAACAAAGCUGCAAGUUUUCCUCAAAUCUGUAGUCCACUUGACGCGGAGCAUUUCGAUGGGGCGCACCUGCCAGGGUCGCCCCGCUCCGCCUGUUCCAUCUUACCGCGCGGGGUAGGAUAGACCGGCCCUCCAUCAUGUUCCGUGUCGUGGAGCGGCCGCGGUCCGGCUGGAAGCCGGCGGCCAGCCAGGAUCCGGAUGAGGAGAAGCCGUUCCUCUCUGCCACGGCUCGCUCCGACCCGACGCUGGAUCUGCUGAGUCUCUGCCAGUUCUGCCACACCGGUCCCUCGGGCGAGGUGUCCAUCCGACUCUGUGGUAACGAGCUCACACAGCCCCGCCGCGGCAUUUAUGACGACGCUACCGCCGGGGAGCUAGUGCAGAAGCUCGCCUCGCGCCAUGAGAUCACCGAUGUGGAUCUCAGCUACAACCGGAUCGGAGACCGCGGCGCACUGGCGCUGGCGCACUGUCUGCGCGAGGGCUGGCGCGUGCGGCGCCUCAACCUGAUGAGCAACGAGCUAACGGAGCGCGGCGCGCAGCACCUGAGCGCCGCGAUGGCUGCGCCCGGCGCCCGGCUCACGGCGCUGCGGCUCAACGGCAACGAGCUGGGGGCGGAGGGCGGCCGUCACAUCGCCUGGCUCAUCGGGCAGCCGCACUGCGUGCUCACCGAGCUCGACCUGGGCCAGACGGGCCAGACCACCGGCAGUCUCAACUCCAUUCUGACCGCACUGCGCAACAACACCUCACUGCGCGACCUGGUGCUCGACCGGCCCCUUCUGCCCGACGGGUGUGACGAGGCGGCCGCGCAGCUCAGCGUGGUGCUGCGCGUCAACUCGACGCUGCGCCGGCUCAGCGUGCAGAAGUUCAGCCUCACCGACGACCAGAUGCGGCUGCUGUGUGACGGGCUGGCCGGGAACUCGAGUCUCACCGAGCUGGACCUCACGGCUAACCGUCUGCACCGAGACGCUGUCCGGCACCUGGUGGCCGCUCUGGCGGAGAACGGAGCGCUCCGGGUGAUCCGGCUCUGUCACAACCGGAUCCAGACCGAAGGCGCCCUGUGGCUGGCGCGAGGACUGACCGAGCACGGCGCCCGCGACGAGCUGCACAUCCGAGCCAACGACGUCGGAUCCGACGGACUACUCGCUCUGCUCACCGAGCUCAAGUACGACCGGCUGAAGCGGAUGCACUUCUGGGGCAACCCGUGGUGCGCGCGCGUGCCCGCUGAGGUGGACGUCCUGUGGAAGACGGGUGUGGUGGACCCGAGCCGCGUGGACGUGCGGCCGUAUGUGGUGGAUUACAUGCCGCACCUGGCCGAGCUGAGUCAGACGGAUCGGCUCGAGUACUACAAUGUCACGAGGUACGGCGACAGGACCAACGACAAGGUGCGCAUCGGCUACACCGUUUAGGCGGCCACACGGAGAGCAGAGAGCGCGCGACACAGAGCAGAGCGGGUACGACACAGAGCAGAGAGCCCGCCCGGUGAGACGGUAUUAGUUACUUGGUGCGAUACGAAUACAGUGGUCUGCAGCGACAUUGCAGGGUACGAGACGUACGGAGACACGCAAUGAACGUAGAUCAAAUAUGAAGUGUCCGGAAA